CGAAUAUUUCUAGUAUUCGUAUAAUUUUAAUGCUCAAACUUGCAAACUGUGUCGUUAAUAAUUUGUUUCAAUAAUAGAGUCAUUAACAAUAUUUAGAGCAUGUAAUUCAUUAGAAAUCAUUAAAGAGGGCGUGUUUAUGCGCUUGUCAGUCCAUGUUAGCUGUUAGCGAUGAGUUCAUCUAGUCGUCGUUCAAAUUUGAAGAUAUUGGCUGGUGCUGUAGUAUGCGACGAAAGUGUUUUAAAAGGGGACAUCACCAUCGGUCCAAAAACGGUGAUUCAUCCGAAAGCCUAUAUCAUUGCAGAGGCUGGCCCAAUUAUAAUAGGUGAAGGGAACAUUAUUGAAGAAAUGUCAACGAUAGCAAACAGGUUACCACCAGGUGCGCCUGAACCUACAACAGUUCCAGUACAAAUAAUUGGUAGUUAUAAUGUGUUCGAAACAGAUUGUACUUGUGAAGCACUCAAAGUUGGGGAUAACAAUACUUUAGAAAGCAAAGCAUUCGUUGGUCGUAAUGUUGAAUUGACUAAUGGCUGUGUCAUAGGAGCAGCAUGUACAGUAACAGAACCCGAGGUAAUACCUGAAAACACUGUAAUAUAUGGUAGCCAGUGUCAACGUAGAGAAAUGUACGAUAAACCAUACCCUCAGAUAGGUCAACUAGAAUUCUUAUUAAAAUUUUUACCUAAUUAUCACCAUCUUCGAAAACCUAAUGUAAAAGCCACAACAAACGAAAGCGGCAUGUAAUUCUAUUACUAAAUUAUUGCCUGGUUCGGUGAUACGUUUGUAUUAUGAUUCACUUUUAUUGAGAAUAAUUUAUGUUUUUUUAUUUGAUUUAUAUAUUUCAAUUUAUACACAAAAAUACAAGCAUUUAAUAAAUAUUACUAUU